AGACUCGCCGUCUUCUUCUUCUUCAUCUCCUCCCGGCGGCAGCAGCGGCUCGGCUCUGCUUCUAUUCCCGGAGAGACCGCCUCCAUUUUAGCACCGACACCCGGCGGAGGAGCAGCGGCUCGCAACGGACUCAGCGGCCGACGGAGGGACACUCUCCUGCGGUGUGGGACUCUCCCUGUCACCCCCCCGCCCCUUCUCCGCCCUCCGGGCCUGGAUCAGCCGGCGCUGCGGCAGGACGCGACCGGGGCUGCGGGGCAUCUGUGAGGAUUUAACGGGUGGUUUUCUGCGGAGAAACGAGACAUUUAUCGGGGGAGAGGAGCAGGAGGAGCGGCUACAGGUUCUCAGCGAGGAUGUGGCACUGAGCAUGCUCAGAGUGCUGAUUGUUACCAUGGGGAUAUUCAGCAGCGGCCAGGCGUGCGGCGGGCAGGACAACUGCUCCGCCCACAGCGAGUCCAAAGACUACUGCUACUCGGCUCGCAUCCGCAGCACCGUGCUGCAAGGGCUGCCGUUCGGCGGCGUGCCCACCGUGCUCGCCCUCGACUUCAUGUGCUUCCUGGUGCUGCUCUUCGUCUUUUCCAUUCUGCGGAAGGUUGCGUGGGACUACGGUCGCCUGGCGCUGGUCACCGACGCCGACAGACUGAAGAAGCGGUUCAGCGACCUGGAGGAGCGGGAAUACGUUGCCUCGGCGAUGCACUCAGAGACGCCCGACCGCUACGAACGCCUCACCUCCGUCUCCAGCUCCGUCGACUUUGACCAGAGAGACAACGGCUUCUGCUCGUGGCUGACGGCCAUCUUCAGGAUAAAGGACGAGGAGAUCCGGGAGAAGUGUGGCGAGGACGCCGUGCACUACCUGUCCUUCCAGCGACACAUCAUCGGCCUGCUGGUCGUGGUCGGCGUGCUCUCCGUCGGCAUCGUCCUGCCCGUCAACUUCUCUGGAGACCUGCUGGAAAACAACGCCUACAGCUUCGGACGCACCACGAUAGCCAACCUGAAGUCAGGGACGAAUCUGUUGUGGCUGCACACUUCGUUUGCCUUCAUGUACCUGCUGCUGACCGUCUACAGCAUGAGGAGACACACGUCCAAGAUGCACUACAAGGAGGACGACCUGGUGAAACGCACUUUAUUCAUUAACGGCAUCUCUAAGUACGCUGAGGAGAGUCAGAUCAAACAACACUUUGAGCAGGCGUACGAGAACUGCACCGUGCUGGAGGCUCGUAUCUGCUACAACGUGGCCAAACUGAUGUCUCUGAACGCGGAGAGGAAGAAGACGGAGCGCAGUAAGAAGUUCUUCACUGACCUGAUGGCGAAGGAACACGUUCCCACCAUGAUCAACCCCAAACCCUGCGGACACCUGUGCUGCUGCGCCAUCACGGGCUGCGAGGAGGAGGAGGCGGUGAGCUACUACACCAAGCGGGAGGCCAAGCUGAAGGAGGAGUACCGGAAGGAGAAGGAGAAGGUCCACACCAAACCACUGGGCAUGGCCUUCGUCACCUUCCAGAACGAGGCCAUGACCGCCAUUAUUUUGAAGGACUUUAAUGCCUGUCAGGUGCAGGGUUGUCUGUGUCGUCAGGAGCCGCGCUCCUCGCAGUUCAGUGAGGUUCUCCACGUUCACAACUGGAGUGUUUCGUACGCGCCCGACCCGCUGAACGUCCGCUGGGAGCACCUGUCACUGGGCGGGAUCUCCUGGUGGAUCCGAUGCUUCAUCAUCAACUGCAUCCUCUUCAUCCUGCUCUUCUUCCUCACCACGCCGGCCAUCAUCAUCUCCACCAUGGACAAGUUCAACGUCACCAAGCCGGUGGAGUAUCUCAACAAUCCCAUCGUCACUCAGUUCUUCCCCACUCUGCUGCUUUGGGCCUUCUCUGCUUUGCUGCCCACCAUCGUCUACUACUCUGCUUUCUUCGAGGCCCACUGGACCAGGUCCGGAGAAAACAGGACCACGAUGCACAAAUGUUACACCUUCCUGAUCUUCAUGGUUCUGCUGCUUCCUUCACUCGGACUCAGCAGUCUGGAUGUUUUCUUCCGCUGGCUCUUUGAUAAGAAGUUCCUGGCCGACGCUAAAGUCAGAUUUGAGUGCGUCUUCCUGCCGGAUAACGGAGCGUUCUUCGUCAACUACGUCAUCGCCUCAGCAUUCAUCGGGAACGCCAUGGACCUGCUGCGGAUCCCUGGUCUGCUCAUGUACAUGAUCCGGCUGUGUCUAGCUCGUUCCGCCGCCGACCGCCGCAACGUCAAGAGGCAUCAGGCCUACGAGUUCCAGUUUGGAGCAGCGUACGCCUGGAUGAUGAACGUCUUCACGGUGGUCAUGGCCUACAGCAUCACCUGUCCCAUCAUCGUCCCCUUCGGUCUGAUGUACAUGCUGCUGAAACACCUGGUGGACAGGUACAACAUGUACUACGCCUACCUGCCCUCCAAACUGGACAAGAAGAUCCACUCCGGAGCAGUCACCCAGGUGGUAGCCGCGCCCAUCCUCUGCCUCUUCUGGCUGCUUUUCUUCUCCACUGUACGCACAGGUUUCGAGACGCCGACCUCCAUGUUCACUCUGGUGGUGCUGAUCGUCACCAUUGUGGUCUGUCUUUCCCACGUCUGCUUCGGUCACUUCAAGUACCUCAGCGCUCACAACUACAAGAUCGACACCAAGGAGACGGAUGUGGACGCUGUUGAGAACGGACGUCCAGCUCGCACCUCGUCCUCCCCGACCACCAAGUCUCAGCAGCAGCAGCAGCAGCAGCAGAUGUACAUCGCUCAGGUGCUCCAGGACCCAAACUCGGACGAGCCGGGCGGUGGCAGCGGCGAGGAGGACCGGGGGUCGUCCCAGGACGAAGAGAUGCUGAACGGAGGGAACAGCAUCAACGAGGCGGAUUUCCAGUCAGGGGAGGACAGUCUGAUCGCCAACGAGGUCCACCAGUAGCUGGGGGCGGAGCUAGAGGGAAGGGGCGGAGCUGUUGUAUGGAUAUGGAGUUGAGGGUCCAUACCCACACAACAGUUAGAAAAUAAAGCUAACUGGAGAAUCACUACACACACACACACACAUACAUACAUACAUACAUACACACACACACACACACACACACACACACACAU